GGGUUUAUCCUCUUGGGUUUUGGGGAAUUCAGUCAAGGGCAAAAUGUUAUCUUCUUUGCUUUUCUAUUGGUUUACAUCAUAGCUAUGACUGGAAAUCUUCUCAUUAUUUUUUUAGUUGUAGUUGAUCAUCAGCUUCACACUCCUAUGUAUUUCUUUCUUGGCAAUUUGUCAUGCCUGGAAACCUGCUAUAUAUCAAACAUUUUGCCCAAGAUGUUGGCAGGUUUGCUGGCGGAUGAAAAUAAGAUUACAUUUACUGAAUGCUAUGUACAAUUCUUUUUCUUUGGGUAUUUAUUGGCAACGGAAUGUUAUCUCCUCUCAGUAAUGUCUUAUGACAGAUAUUUAGCGAUAUGCAAACCACUGCAUUAUGCAACAAACAUGAACGCACAAAUGUGCAUCCAGCUAGCAGCUUGCUCAUGGAUAAAUGGACUUCUAGGCACCAUCACCCUGUUGAGUGUCAUGCUACAGUUGACGUACUGUGACUCCAAUGAAAUAGAUCAUUAUUUCUGUGAUUCAGUACCACUUAUAAAACUCUCCUGUAGUGACACUGAUCUGGUAGAACUGUUGAGCUUUAUCUUGACUUUUGUAUUUACCUUACCCCCGUUUCUCCUUACUUUAACUUCCUAUGUAUACAUCAUAACUACUGUCUUGAGAAUUCCUUCAACCGUGGGGAGGAAGAAGGCUUUUUCCACUUGUUCCUCUCACCUUAUUGUUGUUUGUACUUUCUAUGGGGCCAUAAUGAUUGUGUAUAUGAUACCAAAGACUGAAGCACUGAAGAAUCUCAGAAAGGUUUUCUCCCUCUUGUAUACAGUGCUGCCCCCAAUUGCAAAUCCUCUUAUAUACAGCUUGAGAAAUAAGGAGGUAAAGGAUGCAUUCAGAAAAAUGGUUAGAAAGAUUCCUAUUCCUAAAAAGUUCAAGCAGGGAUUUUUUUAA